AUGGCCUUCCUGUUCUCGAGAAACAAGCAGAAGGUUGUUCUGGACUUGGUGAGGUCGGCGAAGGACUUGCUGGUCAAGAUCCAGACGGUCGACCAGCUCCCGACACAGUCCGAGGAGUCGCUGGCGCAGAAGCUGAGCCAGAUGAAGAUGAUACUGCAGGGCACGCAAGAGACAGACGCAAGCCCCGAGCAGCAGUAUCAGCUCGUGAACUUACUGCUGUCCGAGGACAUCCUGAUGCUCCUGGCGACAUGCAUACACAAGAUACCAUUCGAGGCUCGCAAAGACACGCAAUUCAUCUUCUCAAAUGCCUUCCGAUACAAGGCGCCGGGCUCACCCGCGUCAGAACCGAUCGCCUUACACCACGUCUUACAAUCUCGACCACAGAUCAUAAUCGCAUUGUGCAAUGGGUACGAGAGAAAAGAGAGCGCAAUGCCCUGCGGAGGCAUUCUCCGCGAAGCCCUUAAAUUCGACGCUGUUGCCGCGCUCAUCUUGUACGACGAGCCCAAUCCAGAGGGCAAGGCGGUCAAUCUCAGCGAGGUGGACACAACAAAGCCGUGCAGUGGGGAGGGCGCAUUUUGGAAAUUCUUCGACUGGAUUGUGAAGAGCAGCUUCGAAGUCUGCACGGAUGCGUUUAACACAUUCAGGGAAAUUCUCAUCAAGCACAAAGAGAUGAUAGCCACGUAUCUGGAAACGAACUUUGACCUGUUCUUCAGCAAGUAUAACAAGUACUUGGUCCAGUCCGACAACUAUGUCGUCAAGCGACAGUCCAUAAAGCUGCUUGGCGAACUGCUCCUGGACCGUGCAAAUUACAACGUCAUGACCAAGUACGUCGAAUCAGGUGAGCACCUCAAGUUGUGCAUGCGCCUCCUUCUCGACGACCGCCGCAUGAUCAACUACGAGGGCUUCCACGUCUUCAAGGUCUUCGUCGCGAACCCAAACAAGAGCAGGGAGGUGCAGAAGAUCCUGAUAAGCAACCGGGAGAGGUUGCUCCGGUUCCUACCGGGCUUUUUGGACGAUCGUACGGACGACGACCAGUUCAUGGAUGAGAAGAGCUUCUUGAUAAGGCAGAUUGAAGCGCUGCCCAGUGUUGUGGCGCCGGCCGCUACAAACUGA